AUUGCCCCACGAUGAGAUAGUAAACAGAACAGUCCAAGGCAAUAUCAGGAAUUGUACGACUCCAUCGAGGUCAACGUGAUUGGGUUUUGUGGAUGAGUGCUUGUGGACGAUGGAAAAAUACAAAAUUUUGAGAAAAUUAGGUGAUGGGACAUACGGCAGUGUACUCCAAGCUAAGAACUUGGAAUCAGGGGAGUUGGUGGCAAUAAAGAGAAUGAAGAAAAAAUUUUAUUCAUGGGAAGAGUGCUUGCGUCUUAGAGAAAUACAAUCAUUACGAAAGUUGAAUAACCCAUACAUCAUAAAGCUGAAAGAAGUUAUUCGUGAAGACAACACACUGUUUUGUGUGUUUGAGACCAUGAAGGGUGACCUUUAUCAGUUGAUGAAGGAGAGAGCCAAACUAUGGCCUGAGUCAACUGUAAGAAACAUCGCUUAUCAAGUAUUACAGGGACUCAGUUUUAUGCACAAAAUGGGCUUCUUUCAUCGUGAUAUGAAGCCAGAGAACCUGCUGUGUAGUGGCCCAGAAAUAGUGAAGAUAGCUGAUUUUGGACUUGCACGGGAGAUUCGUUCCCGUCCUCCUUACACUGAUUAUGUAUCAACCAGAUGGUAUCGAGGUCCAGAGCAGCUGCUACGUUCUACCAAUUACAGUUCUCCAAUUGACUUGUGGGCUGUUGGGUGUAUUAUGGUGGAAACAUACACUUUGCGCCCUAUCUUUCCUGGAAGUAGUGAAGUUGAUCAAAUUUUUAAAAUUUGUUCUGUUCUUGGCACCCCUAGCAGAGAAGCUUGGCCUGAAGGUCUUACUCUGGCAUCAGCAAUGAACUUCAAAUUUCCAACAUGUGCCUCUACAGCGUUGUCAAAACUAAUUCCAAAUGCAUCUGGGGAUGGAAUUCAACUCAUAAAAGAGUUGUUACAGUGGGAUCCAAAGAAACGGCCAUCAGCCACUCAGUCAUUGAGGCAUCCCUACUUUAAUGUUGGUCAGAAUCUCCCCAAGCCAACAGCUCAAGUUCCACCUAUUCAACAAGUUCCUUACCAGCCUACUGGAUUACAGUAUCCAUUGAAGACAAUUCAAAAGGCAGACAUCAGCACUGGGAAUGUUAAGUGCAGACCAAGUGUGGUAGCAAAGAACGAUAGACGGCAGUGUACAAGAAUACGUGAAAGUUCUGCUGACACCCACAUCAACCAGUCUGAUGAUUUCUCUUUCUCAUUUCAAAGUACAAAACCAAACUACCAGCCUUUUAGGAUGACAGCAACUAAAGAUGCUGAAGUGGCAGGUAACUUCACACAUUCUGUCAAAACAUCAGCAACUCAGAGAGAAUUGAGACGACAUCCCAGUAAUGACUCUGUCCAUGGAUCUGCAAAAGCCUACUACAUGAGCAAGGCACGUUAUUCCCCUGUAUCAAGAACAAGUUGCCACCAAGACAAGGAGCAAUCCAAUGCACCAGCUGUACAUUUAUUGCCCACUCUUACAAAAGACCGACCAGGUCUCACCAAGAAGAGCAGCAAACCUGGUGUGGGUGCACUUCCCCCUGUUGUCGCAUCAGGAACAAACAAACUUCCUGCUCCUUUCCAGAAAAGAUUAUCUCACUAUGGAACACUUGGAACAGUAGACAUUGGAAUGAGUUCUGCAGUUGGACCCACCUACUCGAGUUGGAAAUCUUCAGCAAUCGUGAACCCUACUUUCACUAAAUCAACAGUUGCUGCAAGCCGAACUCGUACUGAUUGGUCAGCAAAGUACGGUCGCAAGUACUGAGUACAGAAGUGUUUGUAUAUAUCUAUAUAAUACAAUGUUCAAGACUUGAGGGAAAACAGGUUGCAGUACAUUAAUUGGGGACAACAUCAAGAACUAUUCUCAAAGACAACGCUUGUUAAAAAUAUUGUGUGAAACUAACAGACAAACACACAAAGAAAACAGCAGUUACAAUUCCUGCAGACAAUGUCUGGUUAUGUAAAGUAUCAUUCUGUAUACAUAACAAGUCCAACUAAACAAUAACAACAAAAACUAACUGCAGCAUCCCCCUCCAGACUUCGGUUGAUCACGUUGUGUAACUCGUACUGUUUCUGGUUUGUUAUCAG